CGAAAAUCCCAUCGGCGCCCAUGCACCACGUCCUCGCCCGCGCGGUCCGCGCCGUGUCCGUCCCCAAGCCGGCCUUCCUCUCGACGUUCUCGCAGGUCCCGUCGGGCUUUGCGCAGGCCCCGUCGACGCUCACGCGCCCGCCGAUCCUCUUCAACCCCUACGACGCCUUGGACGCGGUGCUGGAGAACAUGCGCCUGUCCUCGGAGCCCCUCCCUGGCAUGCAACUCGUAGGUAGAAACUCGCGCAAGCCCAAGAAGGCCAACCACGGCAAGCGCCCGUGCUCGCACGUCCGUCGCCGCUCGCGACGACUGAAGUAAAUAGACACAUGCACAGUAGACUUGCGUAUACGAAUCGAUUGGGCGGCCGUCGUUAAUCUCAUAUGACUUGGGUCUCAUCGUC